GGCAGACAGCUAAACAAACGCAACAAAGACCACGAAGAAAAAGACAGAAACAGUAGCAAACAAACCUUAGCAGUAAGCGGCUAAUGUACCUUGUGGAAAUUUUAGGUUUUAGUUUCGUCUGUUUUACGUUGGAUAGAUCAGUUGUUUUUGUUAAUCUGACUCGGUAUAAACUAUGUGUACGGGCUCCGGAAGGGAGACGAAAAUGGAACCUGUUAUCUAACAUUUGCUAACUCUAGCCAAACAUCGGCAAACCUCAAGUUAAUCCUUUCCGUUUGUGGUGUUUUCUGCUGGAAAUAUACACUGGUGGCGAUAACCCAGCUUAAAUUGUCCAGGAAGAACAGCCUGGCUCAUUUAAGGAUUUUUUUGUUAGACGGUUUGAGUUUCGAUUACACCCCUCGGUGUGGAGGCAUAAACAAGGAAAUACGUGCCACUGAAAACAACCGAGGAUGGCCCACCUUGCUGUGUGGUGGAAGCGCACUCGGCUGAGUGUCUUUUUACUCGCUUUCAGCUGCAUGUAUUUCCCCUCACCAACACAUGCAUAUAUAUUUGUUCGUUAUAAAAACCAGACCGACCUAAUGUUUGAGGACCUACCUGCUUUGUUUGGACCUUCUCUUCCAAAGCAGGGAUUGAUGGGAGUUUUGGUAGUCUCCCAUCCACUCAAUGGUUGUACAACAAUGGAUCCUCCUCCUCCACUGACAACAAACUAUGAUGCCAACACCACUAAAUUUAUUGCUCUCAUCAGGCGCUUUGAUUGCAAUUUUGACAUAAAGAUUUUAAAUGCACAGCAGGCUGGAUACAGCGCAGCAAUCGUUCACAACUUGAACUCUAACCUUCUUCUCAACAUGAACUUUAGCAAUGAGACUAUUGCAGAUCAGAUUGAAAUUCCCUCUGUGUUCACCAGCUCCUAUGCUGCAAGAAGGCUUAAGGAGGAAGUAAUUCCAGAACACGGGGCCUAUGUGAUACUCAAGCCGGAUUUAGUUUUUCCACUUUCGUACUACCUUAUUCCAUUCACUGGGGUACUAGGGAUGAUUAUUAUUGUGAUGUGUGUAAUCCUAGUUAUACGGUGUGUGCAGUACAGAAAACGUCUGAGGAAAAAUCGUUUGACCAAGGAGCAACUGAAGCGCAUUCCAACUCACAAGUUCAGGAAAGGAGAUGACUAUGAUUUGUGUGCCAUCUGUCUUGAUGAGUAUGAAGAAGGAGACAAGCUGAGAGUUUUACCUUGCUCACAUGCAUAUCAUUGCAAGUGCGUCGACCCGUGGCUCACCCUGACCAAGAAGACCUGUCCCGUGUGCAAACAACGCGUGACCCGAAACAACCCGGAGCAUUCCGAGUCCGACUCUGAGGAGGAAGCCGGAGGCCGGGGAGAGGAGGAAGCAGCACAGGGCGAAGGAGACUCUGAGCGCACCCCUCUGCUGCGCCCGUCCAACCCCGGGUCUCCGUCUAGGAACCCGUCGGCCUACUCAGCCACCACCACCACUACUGCCCAGUGCCUCGUCUCUCCAACACAACGCGACUCCCCCGUCCUGGGCUAUGAUGGCUACUACUCCCCACAGGAGGACACUGACUCAGAAAGUGGUGACGGAGGAGAGGAUGAGCACCACAGCGAGGACGACACAGCUCGGCUCAUUGGUAGGAACGGAGUGGUGGUCUGAACUUACCCGCCAGAUUAUUGGCCUAAUUUUAAACCCAAAAGACGAAAAGCGAACGGGGAGGAAAGGUUUGCCUAAGCAUUUUGCUUAGUCAGCUGCAAGAUUUAUAGUCGGCUAAAACUUUAGUAUUAUUUCCACAUUUGUCGAUUUCCAACAAAUCUUUUAUCCAGAUGUUGACAGGAAACUUUUUAAGUGUCAUAGCACAAAUCUGUUUCACCAAAGUCAAAUGUUAGGAGUCACUCCCCUUCGAUGCACACAAUAACUCUCGCUGAACUACUGCUUGUCUCAUGUUGUAUUCUGUGACUUCAUCACACAAGACCUAAACUCUGGUGUAGCCACAGUGUAACAGAAAUAUGUGUGGUGAAAGUUACUGUGGUUGAAGUGGUUUAUGAAGGAAAGUUCCCUGUUUUAAAUCAUCUCCUUUAGAUGGUUGCACUACUUGCAGGUGGGUGUAGAGGAUUGUUUAUCUCUUUAAUUUGACUUGUUUUUUUCAGAGGGAGGACUGGAUUUUUCUGUUUUGAUGAUGGAUUAUAAUAUAAUAUAACAUUGGAAACACUUUAAUAUCUCUCUGCUGCUUUUACAUUGUUGUUCACAUAGCUAUGUGGGCGGUUAAGAUUUUUAGCUUUAUCCCAUUUAUUCAGUUGAGUGAACUCAGGUUUCUUUUUUUUCACAAUUAAAGGUCAGUUGGGUUUGUAAGUGAAAAAGCAAGUGCAAAAAAAAAAAAAAUACAAUUGGGUUUGGUUAUGUAAAUGUUAGGUUUUUGCUUCACUUUUAAGCUUUGAAAAAUAAACCCUGAACCAAUUAACUUUAGUUGAAAAGCGUUUUAGGGGAAAAGUGCGUUGCCUUACAUCGGCCUUGAUGUUCAUGUGUGUUUAAUGUUUUUAAUCCGAGUGGUCGAGAUAGACACUCCUUUCUCAGUUUUUAUUUUAUUCUUGUGUCUUGUUCUGUAAUCUAAUAUGUUGUUCCCUGCCUUUGUGUAUCUUUAGCAUGGUUAUGCUUUUACCUGUAGCCCAACAUCAGGACAGGUCUAAUCAAAUUAAAGUUGGUGAAAGAUGGCCUUUUUGGGGUUUUUACUGCUCAUUUAUGUAAAACGCCUCACAAGUGGAAGUCUUCAGUGUUUUUGGCCAUAGUGUUUUUAUUCCUAAAAUAAAAAAAUAAAUCAUGAAUUUUAGCUCUAAAGUUAAAACUAUUCAGUGCUGCUUGCUAUAUGUUGUUCUGUAUGACUCUAAAAACAUGUAAACAGGGUUUUUGUGAUCAAUUUUGCUUUAUUUCUAACAUAGUUGCACAAAUAUGCUUUACAAGUUUUGAUUUUCUAUAGAGAAUUAGUGCAGUUAUUGUAUCAUUUGAUAAUGCAAGUCCAUCAAUCUUAAGGCAGAGGAAACGCUACAUAUGAUGGACAUAAAUUGUGGGGAUUAGCUUUCAGUGGGCAGAGCAUGAAGGUGCAACAACAGAACUGUGGAUUAUUAACAUAUCUUCACAUUGUCCUGCCCAAUGAUCCCGCACUGUUAAGGAUUGACUUGGAUCUGUUUUAAGAAUCACAAUAUGCUUCAAAUUUUCUUUUGUACUGUACGUUUUUUCUGUCUGUUAAUGGAAACAAAUGGAAAUGGCUGAUCUUCAAAUGUUAAUUAUUACACUAAUACACUUUUUUUAAUUUUAGAAUGUGCCUAGGUUAUCAGACUGUACAUGCAGUGUACAAAAUAAGAAUGAGAAUCCAUAAAUUGUCUAAAGGUCUGUGAGAAGCAACAUUAAAUGUUUAUGACAGAGUAGAAAGAAUAGAGAUGGGACUGCUGCCAUAAUUUGUUGUAAUAAGGAAGGUUGAGUACUUUCUCUUUACAAAUGCUCGUGACAAAUGACACAAUUCUUGAUAAUAAAGCCACUUUAAAAAAUAA